CUAGCGUGAAGUUGACGAAUCGAAAUAUUCUGUAUUCUGCAAAUCCACAUCCCAACAAGCCUAUAAAAUACUCUUAUGCCACAACAUGGAAUUUGCAUAAACUCAUAGCUAGCUAGCAACAUUUGCAAAUCAAUUGAUUUCUAAAACGAAUUAGAAUAUAUCAUUCUUUUUUCAAACACCAGCAUCAAUCCAUGGCUUGUUCUGCUCAAACCUGCAGAAAGUCGAGGCAAGUCAUAAAACUCGAGACAGAAAAAGAUGUGUCGGUAGCUCUGGCACAGUACAUCGCUGAUCUCUCUGCAAAACAUAUCAAAGCAAAGUGUUCUUUUACUGUCGUGCUUUCGGGCGGGACUCUAAUUCAUACUCUUAGGAAGUUGGUCGAGUCGUACAAGGAAAGCAUCGACUGGUCCAAAUGGCACGUGUUUUGGGUGGACGAGAGGAAAUGUCCCCUCGACAGCGAGUGUAGCAACCACAAUCUGGCCAAGAACGGUUUUCUUUCUAUGGUCCCAAUUCCGAAACAGAACAUUUACCCGAUGCACUUCCACAAAUACCCCCAACGCAUGGCGGAGAACUACGAGGACCUUCUCAAAGCUCUAGCCACCCAAAACCGACUCCCCAUAUCGGCCUCCGGACACCCGAUCUUCGACCUUAUGCUCUUAGGCAUCGGCCCCGAUGGCCACGUGGCGUCGCUCUUCCCAGGAAAGCCCGAGAGGCACGAGACGAGAAAGUGGGUCACGUGCAUAUACGACUCGCCAAAGCCGCCACCUGUCAGGACCACACUCACUUUCCCGGUUAUCAAGUCCGCCUCCACCAUUGCCAUGGUGGUCACCGGAAAAGAUCUGGCGGGUGUUGUCGGCAAGACACUCGCCGGAGGAGGGACAGGUGGCGGCCAGCCGAUAAUACCCUGCGCGGAGCUUCACCACGAGGCGGAGGGUGAGGUGACGUGGUUUCUCGACAAGGACUCGGCUUCCAAGCUGAAUUAACCAGUCAAAAAACAUCAUGAUACAUAUAUAAACAUGUAUAUAUGUGUGUGUGUGUGUG